AUAUUUCGGAUUUAGUGUGUUUUGAUGUUUACAAAAACAAUUGUAGACUAUCGAACAGAAACACAAAAAAGGGAACACGUUCAGAUUCGACGAAUAAAAAUCUGUUUGCCUGUCUGGAACAGCUCUUGUCUUCUUAAGUUUAUCAUGGAAACGGUAGGAUUAGAGAAGCACGAGCUUCCGCCGACAAAUCAAAAGCGAAUGGUCGCUUUCAUAAAUCACUUUAUUCUCAGCACGGUAAGCUUUUUAAACCAGUUUGCGACUGAUUGUGAGAGUAAAUUGGUUGCUCAUGAGUAUAAAAUGCAAUCUUUGGAAGCAUCCUUGCUAAUCGUGGAGGCAAAACUUGCCUCUAUCGACGCAUUGAAGACUGACGUUGCUUCAGCGCCGUCCACAAAUCCAUCGUCAUCAAACGACACAACUAAUAAUAGCGGCGGUACUGAUGACGUGAAGGAAGACCCGCCAAGUACAGAACAGGAUCCACGAUAUGAGAGGUACCUAAAAAUGGUACGGGUAGGUGUUCCAGUUUUAGUAGUGAAGAACAAAAUCAGUUCUGAAGGACUAGAUCCAGACUACAUAGAUCGGUUUUUGUGACCUUCUUAACAUAAUAAAUAUUAUUUUAUUUACGAAA